AUCCAGUUCGCCACCGAGAACGUGGUGGCCGAGAUACUGGUGAACCCGCAGGUGUACACGUUCCAGCAGUGUCUGAAGAACAUGCUGGCCAGCUUCACACGACAUCGCCACCUCAUCCACGCCGGCUACGUCUUCAGCGGCAACGGCUCAUGGAUAUUGCAGGACGGCACAUUCAGCGGCAGUGACCUGCUUGACGCCCUGAGGGAGCCGGAUGUCCAGCGGGUUACCAGGGCGUACGAGUCCAGUCUCAGCAUCCACAUCCACUGUCCGGAGGAGGGCAUCUGGCGGUCGGACACCCUUCUCAAGGACCCGGUCUUUGCAUCGAGCAAGGUGCGGAUGAACCCUCCGGACAAAGAAAUCGAGCCAAAUGAGGUGGCCGCGUUCAAGGAGUACUUGUCCGGCUUUCUCGGCCCUGCCUCGCUGGAGGAUCUCCUGAAUCCGUCCGAUGUGGUUGGAAACAUCCGCUUCAGCAGGCCCACCCUCUACGUGUUCCCCGGUGGCCAAGGUGACGCCGCCAUGUUCGGCAUCAACGGCUUCAACAUCCUCUUCGACGGUGGAUUCAGCAGGCGUGCCUGCUGCUGGAACUUUGUGCGACACCUCGACCGGCUGGACGCCGUUCUCAUGUCCCGCCUAAACAAUGGCAACCUGAUGGGCAUGUCAGCCAUGCUGCAGCGGAAGGUCGACAACGCCACCUACCCGCAGAUCGGGCAUUUCUUCACUAACCUGGUGGACCAGAAGAUCUCGCGGACGGCGUCAAGGACGGCGACCCCUCUGCUCGUCAACACGCAGGCCGAGGCGCAGAGGUUACUCACCAACCUCAAGGGUCUGGCGCUGAAGCCUACCCCGUGCCUGCGCGACAACUCGACCGAGCCUAUCAACCUCUACCACAAGGUCGGCCACGGCCGGCUGGACCUGUACGUGCUGAAUCCGCAGAAGGACGGCGCUGAAAUGCAAGCGUUUCUCAAGAGCUGGACGGAGGGACCCGACCAGUCACGCGUCACGCUCAAGGUGAAGGGCAAGGAGUUCCCGGUGGCCAACCUCGUGUCCAUCUGCUGCCUGCUGGUCUGGAUUCCGGACGACCGGCACGACACCGUCACACGCCUGCUCUUCCCCGGCUCGGCGCCGCAGCAGAAAGUGUUUGAAGGCCUGGACCGACUGAAGCACCUCGAGUUCAUGAAGACGCCCGUCUGCCUCGUCAAGUCGCUGGGGCACAAGAAGUACAAGACGCUUGACUCGCUGCUGAAGUCCGGGACAAGGACGUCGUCCGUGGCCGGGAGGACGGAGCGGAUCGAGAGAGUGGAUGCGGAGCAGAGGAGACGCGUCCGCUCGAGCAGCCGUCACGCCAGGAAUGGAGACUCGGACGGGUCGAAGAAGCCGGACAAGACCGGGUCUGAAAUGCUCGCUGAGAUCAAGGCCAAGAAGCAGGAAGCCAACAAGGAGAGAGCCGAGAAAGCUCCACCGGCUAAGCCCAAACCCAAACCCGAGAAGGCUGAUGUUCCAAAGGAGACGAAGUCGGCAGUUCCGCGGCCGAAGAAACCGAAGGGUCCAAAAGAUGACAAUAAACAGACGGAAGAGGCGUCCAAAGAAACACGUGACAGUGCGACAAACCUAGCAACGGAAGGAAAGGACGUCCCGACCCCAGUGAAGGUGAAGAAGGAAGUUAACAACAAGAUGAUUGUUGAGGAGAAGAAAGUGUCGCGGAUUGCGACAAAGGCAAAGCCGGCAAAAACGGAAGCUAAAGUCACCAAGGCCACAGUGGAGAAUAAAACCCAGAGGGUUGUCACGGAAACAAAGGUAACAAAAACGGUCGAAGCCAAGAAAGGUGCAGAGAAGGGGAAGGCACGACCUGACACAAAGUCUGAGAAGUCCACUGGUGCCAGAUCUCGUACAAAAGCGCCGCCAUCUCCCAAGAAGAUACGUGGCAUCAAAGCGAAAGGAGCAGACGGCUUCAAGCCAUCGGUAACAUCUUCACCGAAAGAAAAACAAGGCCAGGAACAGGAAGUCAGCACCAUGCGGGGCAGUGGAGACAUAGAAGAAGUGACCAUGGCAGGUGACAUGCUUACAGUCACCAAAGUGACAACAGAGGUGCAGCGGUUCAUCGAAGAAGUGCAGGAGGGCAGCGCCGUGGACUCACUGGAACAGGUGAGUGGGGACUUCAGCCGUGAAAUUGAAACAGACUCUCUGGAACUCCGAAAAGUUGACGAGAAGAUCGACAGCCUGAAACAAAGCCCCACCACCGAGGACUCAAAGGACAUACGACAGUCCUCGGAGGAGGUGCUGAGGAGGACGGACAUCGAGGAGGCCGUACUCAUGCAGGGUGGCUCGGCCAGCAGCCAAAAGUCGCCACCUCGCCCGGACGAGGCGCUCAUGAAGCUGACAGAACUGCAAGGGACAACUGCCCAGAAGAAAGACGCGGUGAAGACGCCGGACGAGGUGGCCGAGCUGCCGGAGCAUGAGGCGCUCGAGCCGUCCGAGCACGAAGAGCUACGCCCGCGGCCUGGGGAGCGGACGGCUCACGAGGUGGAGGAAGCUCGCAAGGCUGAGCAGGCAGAGGCCGAGCCGCCGCUAACAGGGCGCAAGCCGGUCACGGAAGAGGACACCGAGAAGGAGAAGGAGUCGAUCGCCGAGGACAGGUCGACGUCGCCGAAGAGCGAAAAGGACCAGCUCAACAUGAAGAUGAAGAGCAGCUCGCCAGACGAACCAGCGGGCGACGCGGAAGAGCCGACACCGCCACCGGACACGGGCGAGGCGCGGGAAUCGCCGAGCCAGAGUCCGGUCCUUGGCGGCCAGGUGGAGGCUGGAGAGCCGAGCCCGAAGAACUCGGUCACUCAUCGUCCGGAUGACAUAUACACCUCUCCGCGACGCGAUAUCUACCCGAUCGGUGAGCCGUACAUGGAGCGCGGCGUGGAGGCGGAGGCGCGCCACGAGACCGUGCAGCGCGAACGGCCCGAGAUGGUUACCAUCGCGAGCAGCGCCACGACACCGUCCCCCAUUUCGCCCAAGGACCAGCGCGACAAGUGGGCGUCCGACGCACCACACCUGCCCAGUGUCGACGAACGGUCUGUGGAAGAAGCCGCCGUCAGCACCACCAGCGCCAUCACGGAGCUCAGCACUGACAAAUUGGAGGAGCCUGCGGAGGAGGGUCGCAAGACAAGUCCCGUGCAAACCCAGGAUGGCACAGAAACCGCCGUCAGCACCACCAGCGCCAUCACAGAACUCAGCACAGACAAAUUAGAGGAGCCUGCAGAGGAAGGUCGCAAGACGAGUCCCGUGCAAGCUCAGGAUGGUAUAGAAGCCGCUGUCAGCACCACCAGUGCCAUCGCAGAACUCGGCACUGACAAAUUGAAGGAGCCUGCAGAGGAAGGUCGCAAGACGAGUCCCGUGCAAGCUCAGGAUGGUAUAGAAGCCGCUGUCAGCACCACCAGUGCCAUCGCAGAACUCGGCACUGACAAAUUGAAGGAGCCUGCCGAAGAGAGUGACACAUCAGGCAAGGGCACUCAGGCCAGGAAAACCUCUUACAUCAUAGAAGAGUACCAAGUGAUCAGUCCUCGGCGUCAGCGGUACGAGAACGUGGAAGAGAUCGUCACCUACAGUCCGAAGACCAGAUCUCGACAGCUGAGCGAGGCCAGCAUCGUCAGCAGCUCCGAGGAACCGCCUUCCAGGCGAGCUGAGGAGGAGGCCACCGCCAGAGCGAAGGAGCAGCCCGCGCAAAAGACCAACCUCAGUCCGGACUCAGCCCGGGCGGAGAUCGAGGACACAAUGCUGCAAAUCGGGUCCGGGGUGGUCGCCAAGUCCGCGAGCUAUGAGCAGCUGGCGGCAGCGGCUGGAAAGCUCGAGAAGGAUGCGGACCCAAAGACUGAGACCAAGCGCACAGAGAAGGACUUGGAUAGCCUUCUGGACCAGAUGCAGAGCUUCGAUGAACCGGUCCUGAAGACGGAAGAUUCGAUGAACGGCAACGCGGCGGCGUCGCCACUGCGCGGCGACAGUGACGGCGCCGUCUAUCAGGAGCUGAUGGACGCCGGUGGCAUCCUUUCCGCGUUCGUGCCCGGAGUGGCCUCGCGCUUCGAAGACGGCGGCGCACCGGGCCCGGCGAAGCACACAGACGCAGCACCGGAGGGUGCCGUCGCGCACAAGGCACGACAGAAACUUCUGCAGGUAAAACCGAGACAAAACUUCCGGACGAGACAAGCUGACGCAAGUAAGCUAACAGAGACAAAGCCUGCUGAAGAAACACCAGAAGACAAAGUGCUCACGGCAACAAAAACAUCCGGGGAAGCACCUGAUGGAACAGUGCGCCCUUCCUCAGACACUCCUGCCUCCGUCACUGGCUCCGUCACUUCAGCACUGCAGUCAAUCGGGCACAUGAUCUCGGGUGCCAUCACCUCCGCGGCCGAAACACUGGAAUCACGUGAGCCAGAUGCGAUCCACUACACAAGCGCGGUGACCCCGACUACCACGGAUGGCGUCAAAGACCAGGCUGAGAAAACCAGUCAGCUGCAGGUGGACGGGGAUCUCACCAGCGAGGGCGUGGGUGCCCAGUCGCUACCGUCGAGCGCGGCCGAGGCGGCGUCGGCGGCGGCGGAUGGGGUCUGUACCAGCGCUGCCCGCGCCCAGGACUCCAUCCAGGGGCCGGCCGUGGCCACAGCCGAGGCCGCGGGGACGGCCGCGGAAGACGCCCGCAGGGCUGCCGAAACGACCGCCGAAAACGCCCUGGAUCGCGUGUCCGAUGCGACGCAGGCAGCGGCGAGCCGAACCGAAGCCGCAGCCGCAGACAUCGGAACGGAGCUGCGACAGGCUCGCGCGGCGGCCGAGGAGUCGGCGAAGGGGGCGGCCAGCGAGAUGCAGGAGACGUGCCAGACCACCGGCGACUGGACCGCCAAAGCUGUGGCCGGCGUCGAGUCAUCGGUUCGCUCCUUCGGCGAGGCGCUCAGCAGCUCCCUGUCAGAGGCAGUGGGGGCGGCUGAUCGGAAGGCACAGGACGCGGACAAAGUCGUGACCGAGAGGGCUGCGGACGCUGCGAGGCAGACCGGCGAGGUCGCGGCGCUCACAGAGGAUGUGUGCGAGAGUGCCGUAAAGGCGGCCGAGGAGGUCGUUGGACGGGUGAAGUCCGCGGCGGAGGAGAAGGCGUCAGACGUUGGCGCGACUGCAGCCUCCGUGGGAGAGGCCCUAUCGUCAUCGCAGAGGAGUGCCGAAAGCACCGCGACUUCUGGCCUUGCCGACUUGGAGGACGAAGUAAAGGCGACCGCAUCAACAGGGCAAGGAUUCAUCGAACAAUCGACCACUUACAUUCAGGACGUAGGGACGGCAUUGCUGUCAGGCGCCAGUGAGGCGGCGGAGAGGAUAUCGGCCCAAGCUGCAUCCAUGUCUGACUCGAUGAUCACCACAUUAGCUGAUGUCGUCCCGAAGAGUGGAGCUCACGGUAGCGCGGGACAGGCCCCAGGUGUUACUGAAACUCGCGACGAGACGCCAAAAGCUGAGUUCCAUGACGUCCAAAAACAAGCUGAGCCAUCUGCAAAGAUAACCGAGGAUAUUUGCACCAGUGCAGGUAAAGGCGUCGCAGAGCAGGCACAGACAGCUUCCGAAUCCGCUCAUGAAUCUCUGAAGCUUCAAGCUCAAGACAUCAUAUCUGGGGUCCAAACAGCCACUAAAGGUGUCACAGAGCAGGCACAGACAGCUUCCGAAUCCGCUCAUGAAUCUCUGAAGCUUCAAGGUCAAGACAUCAUGUCUGGGGUCCAAGCAGCCACUAAAGGUGUCACAGAGCAGGCACAGACAGCUUCCGAAUCCGCUCAAGAAUCUCUGAAGCUUCAAGCCCAGGACGUCAUGUCUGGGGUCGAAGCAGCCUCUAAAACUGCUGACGAUGUACUGAGGAGUGGAAUUCGGGAUGCCAAAGAGGAGAUCGAAGCUGCCAUCGACGCUGCUGGCGACGAUACGAGAAGCACAGCUCAAGAUACCAUGGAGCAGGUCAAGGUCGCCGCCAAAGCUGCUGAGAAGGCCGUGAGUAGCGAUGUAGCGGACGCCGGAAAGCAGGUUGAAACCACUUUUGAAGCUGCUAAGGACGUUUUGGCUGCUGAAGCUCAUGAUGUCGAGAAACAGGCACAAACAGCUGCAGAGACUGCCGAGGAAGCCCUGGCAACUGGAAUUGAAGACGCCAAGGUGAAAGCUGAAACAGCCGCCAAAGCUGCUGACAAAACCAUGGUGAAAGGAGCCCAGGACGCAGAAAAGCAAGUCGAAAUAGCGGUCAAAACGUCCGAAAAGGCAUUGAUGGAUGGAGUAAAAGAUGCAGCUGAUCAAGUUGAGGUGCCUGUGAAAGCUGCCGAAGAAAUAUUGUCGGAUGCAAAAGACGUUCUCAAACGGACAGAAGCGGAUGUCCAGAGCGAUGCCAAGGCCUUGGCUGCCACUGCUCAGGAUGUAACUGGGCAGCUGAAAGAAGUCACCCAGGUUGCUGACGACGCCUUUAGAACGGGUGCGGAAAGCGCGGCUGGUCAGAUCCAAACAGUCAUCAGGUCAGCUGACGAGGCUUUGAGUUGUGGAGUGCAAGACGCCAAAGUGGCCGUGGAGGAAACUGCGCAAUCAGCCAGCAAAAUUUUGAAAGAGGGUGUGGAAAGCGCAGACACCACGUUCGAAACGACUACCAAAGUCAUCGACGAAGCCGUGAUGGACAAAUUCCAAGACGUCGAGGACGUGCAGUCCCAGGUAGCUUCUGAAGCCGCUAAAGAAGCUUCAAAGAUAUCUCAAGAGGCUCAGGACGCCGCAAAACAUGUUGAGACGUCUGCCAAAGCUUCAGGCGAAGCCUUAGCUACUGGUGUCAGUGAAGUUUCACGGCAGAUUGAUUCCGCAACCAAGGCUGUUGAGCAGUCACUGUCCAAGAGCGCUACUGAGGCCGAAAAGCAAGCACAAGAGAUUGACACCUUGGUUUCGGACGCUGCUCACGAAACCGUGCAGCAAGCUCGCGAGUCUGCCACCGGCCUCCAGGACAGCGUCUCGGAAACUCUCGCCAAAGCAGAUGCGCAUCUCAAGAGCGCGAUGGACAAGCGCCUCGAAGAGGCGGAGAAGAGUGCCAGUCAGGGAGUAGAGAAGCUUAGCGAAUUCUCGAGUGCCGCUGACGACCAGGUGAACCAAGCCGUCCAGGAGGUCGUGAGGAAGGCCGACGACUCCGCGCAGGGCGUCAGUGAGGCGCUGUCGCGGGUCGGCAGGCAAUCUAGCGACGUCAUGCAGGACGCCGAGGACGCCGUGCAAGAGUCCGCGGAGUCGGUCUCGUCCAGCGUGAUGUCUGUUGUAGAGGGCGUUAGCACAGGGCUUUCAAAGGUGGAGGGCGAGAUGCAGUCGGCGACGCAGCAGCUGGCGUCAGACGCGACGGAGAUGAGCGAGUCUCUGUACCAGAGCGCCGAGGAGACGCUGGAGGAGGUCGGCUCGGCCACCCGGAGUACAUUCGGCGGCCUCUUCGGCUUCGGACGACGGAAAUCAAAGGAGGCGUCUCCGACCAAGGAGUCGCCGAAGACGGAGAAGAAAACCGGCUUCUUCAGCAAGAUGUUCGGUCGGAAGUCCCCGGAGCAGGAGCAGAAGGCGCCUGCUGACGAUACGAAAAUCCCGUCGGUGGAGGAGCCCAAAGCCCCGCCGCGGGUAGGGCCGAAAAUCCCGCCGCCGCCAGUGGUCGAGCGUCCGUCCCCGUCGGAAGAACGUCGUGAGGUGGUGGAAGAGCUGGUGGUGCGCCGCGACGUCCGCUCGCUGCCGGACGACGACGCGCGUCGUCGCUCCUCGUCCGAACUGAGCGACAUCCGCGAAGAGGCGUCGUGGAGCGGCCGCUCGAGCACGCGCGAACCCUCCUCGCCCCGCGUCGCGGCCGAACCCGAGGCGCCGGUGUCGGCCGACGUCGAGGCCCCGGACGCCAUACCGCGCCGCCUGGGCGCCGUGCUCGACCCCAUGACCAGCUCCAUGCACGAGUCGUUCCACGACGUGAUGACCGGCUCGUUCCACGAAUCGCUGCAUGGCGGCGACGCCGAGCUUUCGCUGCCCGGGGUGGAGUUCCGCCAGCCACGAUCGCCGCCCCAGUCACUUUCGCCGUCCCUCGGCGCCGGCGAGCGCGAGGAGGAGGAGCCGGUGCCCGGCUGGGGCCCGCCUCUCGGCCUGCCCUCGCCCGUGCCACCGCCCGACCAUGGAGGGGUGCAGACCCCGCCGCCCACCAAACGGGCCAUCAUGGCUCGCGCGCGUGCCAGCGACUCGCCGCGCGGCGGCAGGCUGGCUGGGCCACCGCCCGUCUACCUGGACCUGGUGUACGUACCCCACCACGCCAACUCGUUCUACUCCAGCGUGCAGUUCUUCCACAGGGUGCGGGCGCGCUACUACGUGUUCAGCAGCAUCGAGCCCAGCCGCGAGGUGUUCAACGCUCUGUUAGAGGCCAAACAGCAUUGGGAGGACAAAGAUUUGGAGGUCACCAUUAUUCCCACCUAUGACACCGACACCCUGGGUCACUGGUUCGCCUCUAACGAGCAGCAGCUGGAAGACCUGCGCAUCGACUUGGCACCGUCGGCCAGUCGCUGCACCAUCAACCUGCAGGAUCACGAGACCAGCUGCGCCGCCUACCGGCUCGAGUUCUGAGCACCCUUGGGAGGAGGUGUGCGCAGCGCUCGGUGGGGUGCGGUGGCGGAGCGCGCAGCACGGCGCGAGCCGGGAACUGACGUAGGGUAACCAAUUGCGAGCGGCCAGGAGGCCGCUACUAGGAUAACAAAUUGUGCAGCGCAUGCAGCGGCGCGAGAGUGCGCGCGAGACUGGCCGACUGAGGCGGCGGAUUCAGUUAUCGUCGGCCGCGCGCCGGACCCUCGGGCUGUGGGUGUCUGUCGCGCCGACGCGGCCGGCGCGGUGGCGCGCCGUCCCUCCCCUCCCCGACCCCGCGACUGCGUGCAGCUCGAGUGAUCGCGAUGCCUUGCCAUUCACGUGGCGCGGGCUCCGCGCGAACAUGUGGCCGGCGGCACGCUCGUCUCGGACACGGCCGUCGCGGACACGCAGACAGCAGCGGCGCGGACACGCGGACAGCAGUGGCGCGACACGGUCAGCGGCGUGCGGCGCCCUCCCGCCCGCGUGGCCGCGACCCCAGCCCACGCAGCGCGCGGCUUCGCCUGGCCCUUCUCAGGUAACGCAGCCAUCGGCGCGCUCUGUUCGGUUGCCGAGGCUCGCCUUGCUCCAUCAUCUCUGUGACGACUACCCGUUGACUGGUGAGCUCACCGAACUUCCUCGACUUCUCUGCAGACGCUCAGAUGCUGACGCGGUGAAAAUGCGCCGAGGAAAACAAUGCCUUCGUGCUUGCUGAUAUGUUCCUCUACAAGCCCCGUGCUUGGUUUUCGUUACUGUGAUACCGUCUGGGUCUACGAAACAGACCGCAGUCAUGUCCUCGUGAACCUCGUCUACCACGGGUGGUCGUUUGUUCUGAUGAGCGACCUCGUGGCUCAUUGCUACUCGACACGUGCCUCCGGAUCGACCAACAACUUUCCAAGCAUCCCCUGGUCCGAAGCAGUCUGAUGAGCGCGCGCUUGAUGACUGCUUCAUCCUCCUCUUUAAAUCCAAUGAACAUCCUCACAACUCUGACCACCACUGGGUCCGCCACGACCCGCCGGGCGCCCGCGAUGCUUCCCCAGCCGCUCUCCUGACUGCUGUCCGCGAUGUGACGAUCGCCACCAGCUGCCCAUGCCGAGACGAUCGUACCGCCUCCCUGUGUGUUGGCUAGCGACGGCUUGGCGCGGAAAUGACUCACUCUACUCCCCGUUCUUCGCGAGGUUCCUGGCGUGGACACGUGGACGCUCUUUCAGCGUAGAACUGCUGCUGUCAGGCUUGACUGGCUGCGUGAUUCUAGUCUCGCGUCUCUCAUCAGUUCUGGGAUGACGCGUCUAGCAACUAGCCGGUGUCCGGAAUCUUCAUUUCUCUAUCACCACUUGUUACUCUCUGAUAUAUCUUGAUGCACUGAGGCCCGUCAAGGCGUAGCCGGGCCACUGAGCUCCAUGUACCGUCGCCCUGUGUUCCAUUUAUAGGCGUGUGGCCUACUUCGUUUGUGUUCCUACGUGAGGUGGAUAUUAGCGUGGUUCCUGAAACUUCCGCCGUUUUAGUGUGAUAUACUCACGACGUGCACGUGUGCACUCGUUCCUCUCGUCACAGCCGUGAGCUGCAUUGUACCACGCUGCAGCGGACUCGUUCUUUUCGUAUACCCUAUUUUCUGCUGAUGCCAAGUGUGCAACCACCAGGCGGCCACCAGUCCCCGUCUUUCUAUCGCCGUUCUCAUUCCAACAGAGCACUGUUCGGCUUUCAUUGUGAUACUGCUUGGUAGGCCUCACAUGGAACCACGUUAUCGUUCAAGGCGUAUCGCUUAUUCGUUAGCUCAAUGUCAAAAUACACGAAGA